AUGUACUAUAUCCUCUACCUGACCAGCCUCUGUCGGCGCCGCAAUUGGCCCGAACCAAUCUACAACGCAUACACAAGUAGCAGCGGAUACACAUGCACUGUGCGCGUUAACAACCGCGAGUAUCAAACCGACAGUAUCUGCAGCAACGAGACUCUCGCACGUGAGAGCGCCGCUAUGCGCGCCUACCUUAUCUGCCGGAACUUCUCCGUCAAUGACGGCAUGUACCCUGUGGGUCAUGAGCACAGUGGCGCUGUGCAGGGAAUGCGUGCUGCAAUUGGUGCAGGACGGAAGAGUGCUCGUGAGGAUGAUGUGCUUUCGUUCGGGUCUGGGAGUAGGAGUGCGAGUGGGAGUGAUAGUUCUCAGGGUGGGAGUUGGAGUGGGGGAAGUAGUCCAGUUAGGGUUGGGAUCGAUGGGGAUGGAAGGAGUGGGUUUGGGGGGAGGGUUUGA